CGGCCCCGCCCCUGCGCGCCGCUUGCCGCCGUGCUAGCACUGACGUGUCUGUCGGCGGAGGAUCCGCGCUCCGGAACGAGCAGCAUCGCCUCCCUAGGAGUGUAGCACAGCCGAAGCGGGGUGCGGAACCGGAGCAGCCGCUGCCAUGGCGAUAAAAUUUCUGGAAGUCAUCAAGCCUUUCUGUGUCAUCUUGCCGGAAAUUCAGAAGCCAGAGAGAAAGAUUCAGUUUAAGGAGAAGGUGCUUUGGACAGCCAUUACCCUCUUUAUCUUCCUAGUAUGCUGCCAGAUUCCCCUCUUUGGCAUCAUGUCUUCAGACUCAGCUGAUCCCUUCUACUGGAUGCGAGUGAUUCUAGCUUCUAACAGAGGCACCUUGAUGGAGCUGGGCAUCUCUCCCAUUGUCACCUCUGGCCUCAUCAUGCAGCUCUUAGCUGGUGCCAAGAUAAUUGAAGUUGGUGACACUCCGAAAGACCGAGCUCUCUUCAAUGGAGCCCAGAAACUGUUUGGCAUGAUCAUUACUAUUGGCCAGUCCAUUGUGUACGUGAUGACGGGAAUGUACGGGGACCCUUCAGAGAUGGGUGCUGGAAUCUGCCUACUGAUCACCAUCCAGCUCUUUGUUGCUGGCUUAAUUGUCCUACUUCUGGAUGAACUCCUACAGAAAGGGUAUGGCCUGGGCUCUGGCAUCUCCCUCUUCAUUGCAACCAACAUCUGUGAAACCAUUGUUUGGAAGGCAUUCAGCCCCACCACUGUCAACACUGGCCGAGGGAUGGAAUUUGAAGGCGCCAUCAUCGCACUCUUCCAUCUGCUAGCCACCCGCACAGACAAAGUCCGAGCACUUCGAGAGGCCUUCUACCGCCAGAAUCUCCCCAACCUUAUGAACCUGAUUGCUACCAUCUUCGUCUUUGCUGUUGUCAUCUAUUUUCAGGGCUUCCGCGUGGACCUGCCCAUCAAGUCUGCACGUUACCGAGGCCAGUACAACACUUAUCCAAUCAAACUCUUCUACACCUCCAACAUCCCCAUCAUCCUGCAGUCCGCCCUGGUAUCCAACCUGUACGUGAUCUCCCAGAUGCUGUCUGCACGCUUCAGUGGUAACCUGCUAGUCAGCCUCUUGGGCACCUGGUCGGACACUUCCUCUGGGGGCCCAGCCCGUGCUUAUCCAGUUGGUGGCCUGUGUUACUACCUGUCCCCUCCAGAAUCUUUUGGCUCCGUGCUGGAGGACCCUGUCCACGCGGUCGUGUACAUUGUGUUCAUGCUGGGCUCCUGUGCAUUCUUUUCCAAAACCUGGAUUGAAGUUUCAGGUUCCUCUGCCAAAGAUGUUGCAAAACAGCUGAAGGAGCAGCAGAUGGUAAUGAGGGGCCACCGGGAGACCUCCAUGGUGCACGAGCUCAACCGGUACAUCCCCACAGCUGCAGCCUUUGGUGGGCUGUGCAUUGGGGCCCUCUCGGUCCUGGCUGACUUCCUAGGGGCCAUUGGUUCUGGAACUGGGAUCCUGCUGGCCGUCACUAUCAUCUACCAGUACUUUGAGAUCUUCGUCAAGGAGCAGAGCGAGGUUGGCAGCAUGGGAGCCCUUCUCUUCUGAGCCUUGUGUGCCCAUGGACCAGGAUGAGGAAGGGGGCAAGCUCCAGAACUACCCAGGAAGAGCACUCAACUGGAGCAUACUGUUGUGGCAUAGGGACUUUAAAAAUUUUUUUUCAUACUUUUCAUUCCACUAUGUAAAGUGCUAGAAAUUUUCCAAUGUGCUAGAAAUUUUCCAAUUUGAAAUUUUGCUUUUUAUUCUGGCAU